AUGAUUGAUCCUGGCUCCAACAUUAACUGUGUCGGUUGUGAUUGGAUUACCCGUUUUGACACUCCUGAGUGGUCAUACAAUCUUGAAUGUGGUUCCAUCAAGACAGCUGGAGGUCAUAACUUGGAUGUCAAAGCUCGAGUUCUCCUAAAGAUUUCGUGGCCUCCAGAAAAUCCCACCAUUUCUGCUGAUCAGUGGUUCUAUAUUGUUCAUGGUAAAGAUGGUAUUAUCCUUGGUACUCCUGCCUGUCAUGCACUUGGUGUGAUUGAUGAUGACUGGCCAAUUUCUACACUACUUCAGAACCUUAACCAUCCCUCAUCAGUGAAUACCUUCGACGCAUCAGAAAACAACCCUCAGAUAUGUGACAACAAACCGACCGAAGUCGACCAUCCAGUUCCAAAUCCUCCCACGUCUGAUGAUAAACUUUUGUCUGAUUUGAAUUGGCAACCUACCUCCUGUCCUUCUGAAUCAUCAGUCAAAGUCACUUCUGUUAUUGCAAAUGGACAGAACAUUAACUAUACUGAGGACACAAAUUUCACUCCACUUUUGCAAUCUUAUAAUGAUAUUUUUGAUGACAUAAUUCUCCCGGAGAUGAAAGGUGAUUCCUUCAAGAUUAAUCUCAAACCUGAUGUUCAACCCUACGCCCAAGCGAACGCAAGAAAAAUCCCGAUUCCCUACAUGGAUCAAUUUAAGAAGCAACUUGAUGAAAUGGAACGUCUUGGUGUUACAGGUAUCUCAGUCCAUGAAGAGCCAAGCACUUGGUGUCAUCCAAUCGUUAUUGCACCUAAAAAAGUUAGUGACGAACUGAGAAUCUGCAUUGACUUCACCCACCUAAAUAAGUUUAUCCAGCGUGAAUUCCACUCAUGUAAAUCAACCUUCGAAGCUGUGACAAGCAUUCCUGUUGAAGAGCUCAAAUAUUUCAAUUCUGAAAAUGUGAUGCUCGUCAUGGCUACUGGCAAAUUCCACUGCACCCUGAGUCUCGUCCCUUAA